AUGUCUUUUGCAGGUGGGAAAGAUGGAUCCAAAGGUUUCGUUAAGAGAGUUACAUCAACUUUCUCCAUCAAGAAAAACAAGAAGAACAGUACCACAACAAACGAUCCCAAACCACUUCUUCCACGGUCCAAAUCAACAGGUUCAAACUAUGAACCCAUGAGGCUUCCUCUUGGGAAAAAAACUCUUCCAGAAGAUGUCAAAGCAGCAAACUCAAAGAGGAACAAAUCUGCAGGUGUUUCUCCUCAACCACGUCGCCGCGAAAAGAUUGAUGAUCCAUCUGGUAAUAAACAGUUUAUUAAGCUGAGAUAUUUUGACGACAGUGAUUCCGUUUGGUUGGAUUCUGAAUGUGCUUCUACUACUUCUCUCCUUGAGGAACGUAGAGUCUCUGUCUCGUUUCAUUUCUCACUAGAUGAAAGGGUUGUCUCUUGGUUAUCAAAUGCUGCUAACUCUUCUUUGUCUCUAAAAGAGAAUCAUCAUCAUCAUCCUCACCAGACAAAAGGUUCUUCAGAGAACAUUCGAAAGGAUGGUAGAUUCUGCAACUCAACUGGUAAAUCUAAUAAACCAAGUUCUGCAAGGUCCUCAUCUUCGCGUUUACCUGAGAGCAACAACAAGAAUGGUCGAAGGAGAUCAUGUGAAGAGUCUUCUAGUCAUGAAGAAAAGAAAGUUAGCUUCUCACUAGAGUCAGAGGUGUCUUCUCCUUCACCGGUUGUUGAGCCAUCUACUAAACCCAUACUUGAAGAGAGUGGAGAUUCAAAGAGAAAGCAUGUUGUGGAGCCGCUUUUCUGGCCACUUGAGCAGAAGUUUGAUUGGACACCAGAGGAUAUAUUAAAACAUUUCACCAUGUCUCCACGUAGAAAGAAAUCAAUAGGAACCAAAGGUGCAAGUACCUCUCCAAGAACAAUGAGAGCACAGCUUCAGACAAGAAAGCUAGAUCUCAAAGAAGGGUGUAAGAGAAAGCUCAUGUUCAACGGUCCUGGAUCAAAUUCAAAACCAACAAGGAUACCUGAACUGAAAAGAACAGUAAGCAAUAACAGCAUCAACAAGAAAACCGAGAUCAGCAAGAACCAACAACAACAGCCUAUCAGGAACAUUGUGAGGAGGAACAAGAGUUUGCCAUCUAGGUUGAGGAAAUCGAGUAAAAUAUCUUCAAGGGUGGUACCUAUUGAAGAGAGUGGUGAGAUUGGCUUAGAGGCAAAAACACCUAAGAGGCUUAUCAUGACACGCAAGUCCAGGACAUUCUUAGAAGAUGACUUUGCUUUGAUGAAUGAUUUCUCUAUAGAAAAGGCUGUUGGGCUUUGUGAGUUCAGGGGAAGAGAAGGCAUAGAUUCAGACUUCAACACUGAUGGUUUUUUGUUUGAAGAUUCUCUAUGA